CCGAUCCGCUUGGGACCCGACGUUUACACUGUUCCAAACCUUAUUCUGCAAUUUGCCACUUCAAACUCAAGAUGAACGUCCACCAAGUCCCCGUUAUCGACAUCGGAGCCCUAAUGCGGUUCUCCGACGGUGAGGUUGACACUGCGUUGCUGGAUGCCAAGGAAGAAGCUCUGCAACAAAUUAUCACCAACGUGCGCGAUGCUGCGAGUGAGUGGGGCUUCUUCUACAUAGCCAACCACGGUCUACCGCAACAUGAAGUUGACGAAUUCCAAGAGUCCAUGCGCUCCUUCUUCCGACUACCAGUUGAGACCAAGCGCACCAUCCUCCGUACGGCCAGCAACAACCGCGGAUACGUCGUGGACGAACUCACAAAGAACAAAACGGACUGGAAGGAGUGCUUUGACUUCGCCGGUGCCCAUGAAGACGGCCCCCCUUCGGACAAAAUCGAGCGGCUAGGUGGGGACCAAAACCAGUGGUUAGACAACAAAACGUUGCCCGGAUUUCGUCAUGAAAUGCAGACGUACUACAAGAAGAUGGAGUACAUUGCUCGUCGCCUGUUGAAGGUGUUUGCCGUGGCGUUGGGCGAGGAGCCGGCGUUCCUUGACAAAUUCUAUGAAGGGAAUCACUCGAGUCUGAUGAGACUAAACCACUACCCAGUUGCACCGGAGCCCGAGAAAACCAUGGGAGUCUACCACCACACCGACUUCGGAGCGCUUACGAUCUUGUUGCAAGACGAUGAAGUGGCAUCGCUACAAGUGUUGCACCGUGAAUCGCAGACGUGGGUCAAUGUGCCGCCCCGUAAGGGAACGUAUACUAUAAACAUCGGCGACAUGGUGCAGGUGUGGUCGAACGAUAAGUUCAUUGCACCGCUGCACCGUGUUGUUGCCAGUGACAAGGCUGGUCGCUUCUCAGCCCCGUUCUUCUACAACCCGUCCAACCACGUGACGGUGGAGCCCAUAGUGGUGAAGGAGGGCGAGGUGCCAAACUACCGUCCAUUCAAUUGGCGUCAAUACCAGUUGAAUCGCUACCAGGGCAACUACGCCGAUGUGGGCAAGGAAAACCAAAUUGGCGACUUCAAAAUCCACGGACCAAUUGACGUUGCCAAUGCUUAGGCAAGUGAAAAUAAUAAUAAAAAACAAGAGUGAACAUUUUCAGUCACACUCAAAUACAUUUGUGUGUUUUUGCC